CGUUCGAACAUUUCACUAUUUUAUGUUUAUAUUUGUUCAAUUUCCUAUCAAAACAAAUAUUUUCUCGUAUAAGACGAACAUCGAUUCCCAAUGAAGAAAAAGUUUAUUAACUAAGGGAGCCUACAGAGCUUUUCGAGUGGGCUCGAUGUUUUAAAGCAACACUAUGGAGCUCGAAACGACAAGCAGUAGCAGAAAGAGAGGACGACAAAAAUCAUUUCAAGAAUUUGACARCGAUGAUGAUCAGUCUGAGGCUGGGACUGUUGACUCUAGGGAUUUGGGAAGCCGUGGUUCAGGCAAGGGUCAUGUCAGGCAAAACCACAGUGAGAUUGAGAAAAGAAGGCGUGACAAAAUGAACACCCACAUUCAUGAACUGUCAACAAUGAUCCCUAUGUGCACUGUCAUGUCACGCAAGCUAGACAAACUGACUGUACUCAGGAUGGCUGUCCAGCACAUGCGAGCUCUAAAAGGUGAAGCGUCUUCCACGGAAUCCAACUGCAAGCCUUCAUUCCUGUCAGAUGAAGAUUUUAAGAAUCUCAUCUUGGAGGCAGCUGAUGGGUUUUUGUUCGUUGUGGCUUGUGACAGAGGUCGAAUCUUGUAUGUUUCAGAUUCUGUCCAAAACGUACUCUCGCAGUCUCAGUCUGAUUUGGUUGGUCAAAGUUUUUUCGAUCUUGUUCACCCUAAAGAUGUUACCACCGUGAAGGAUCAACUCUCUUGUUUUGAUACAGUACCACGGGAAAAGGCUGCAGAAAAAACCGCUUCUUCGCCGAAACAGGAAGAUAAACCAACAAACAAACCUAUGUGCACUGGUGCACGUCGAUCUUUCCUCUGCCGCAUGAAAAUUGGCAGUAAAUCGACAAAAAAAGGAAAAGGAGUCGAAGAUGGUAACACUGACUUCUGUAUAAUGAAUCGAAAGAGUAAAAGUAAAGCGCUGUCUACAAAUGAUAAGAAGAAACAUAUUGUGGUUCAUUUCACUGGUUACUUAAAAUCAUGGCCACCUUCUGGGUAUUCAUUCGACGAUGAAGACGAAGAGCAAGACUCUAGGAACUUGAGCUGUCUUGUUGCUGUGGGCAGACAGGUUAGAAUAGCUGAUGAAAAUACCGACGCAAACAAUCAAGAGUUUCCCGAUGAAUUCGUGUCUCGGCAUAGCACAGAUGGGAAGUUCAUCCACGUCGAUCAAAGAAUCACAGCCAUGUGUGGGUACCUACCACAUGAGUUGAUAGGGAACUCUGGAUACGAUUACUUUCACCCAGAUGACCUUGACAUCACCGCGAAAAGCCAUAAGAGUACCUUACUAGGAAAGACUACCACCACCCUUCCCUACCGAUUUCUCUGUAAAGGAGGUCAUUAUAUUUACCUUUGUACUAAGUCCAAUGUCUUUCGAAAUCCUUGGACCAAAGAACUCGAGUUUAUUAUUUGUAUCAAUUCAAAAUAUGAUCCCGCAACAGACCAACCUACACGACCGACUUCCCUACAAAGUCAUCCACACCAAAGAUUGAUCCUGCCAGCUCCGCAGACAAUAGCAAGUGUCCAUGGAUCUGAUAGCACGUCAAGUCGUAGGUUGAACAUCAAAGAACUAAUGGCGACAAUACAAUCGCAACCACAAGAUCAAGUUAAGACAAACAUCGUACCUCGCCCGUUGGUGCCGCCGACCACAAGGGAAGAAGAUGAUCCUAAUGCAGAUCCAGCGGCUUCCAAGAUUGGCUCCCUCAUUGCUGAAACCAUACAUUGGCAGGAAACAGCAAGCAAAAGGCAACACACAUCAAUAAUUGGUAAUAAUUCAAUACCCAACACCCCCAUCGCCACCCAAUCCGAAUCGUCCUUCAGAAACAGCGACAGUUCAAGCUCCAUGAUUGACUUUAACAACAUCACAACGCCCAUGAACAUAAGCGCACCUAACUCUCAAGUCGGCAACAUGACGUCAUCAUUUCCAGGGGCUACCGCACCAGGGUUGCCAGAGAUAUCGCAGCCUCAUCUCUUGGAACAGUUGAUUGGAAUGCAACAAGCAAUUGAGUCGAUGGAGAGUCCGAUGCAACAAAGUGAAGAGAAUAUGGCAGUUUUUAUGAAUAUGCUUGAAGCAGAUGCCGGACUCGGUGGAGAUUUGAGYGAUUUCUUGUUUCAAGAGAACUCUUGAGCUUACGACCAUCGAUUUUACUGCAGUUUUCUAUGUUCUGCAAACUCGGUAGUCGCGAGCUGCAGACUAAAUUUGUUUUUUUCGCUGCCGUCAAUCAAAAAUAAUCAGUCGGUACCUUUUAUAUUCCUGACUUGCCGCAGUAAAAUUUCAAAACAAUUUGGUGAAAUGUCUGAGUUCGUAUAAUAUCGAAAACGGCAGUUAAAUCCAUCCCAUUUUUCUUUUCAUUUGGCCAAAGAGUGAUAAAAUCUUUGYGUUAACUUUAGGCAGACACGGGUAGGAAACGCACUGCGCAUGCUCGGAAGUUAGGCGGGAAAUUCUUACGAAUUAUUGRUAAACUUCGUGGAAAGUUGGUGCUUAUUUUUCCUAACAUCACUUUAAAUGUUUGCUUUCCCUCGCCAAAUAACACUUAAUAAAAUUGGCAUUAUACAAACACAGCAAAAGCUCCAGUGGCUUUAUUAGUAAACACGACUCUUUGGCUUCUACCAAUAUCCCGCCGAACUUCUGAUCAUGCGCAGUACGUUUUUCACCCUGACCUUUUAUCCACACUAAUUCGUUUUCGAAGCGCUCCGUUUUCUUCUCACCCRAAACGCAUCGAAAACUUCGACCAAUGCUAUAUCAUCAUCUGCGCAUGCGAAAAACAGACGUGCCGGUGUAAAUGACGUCAACGUUUUCAAAAGGCUACGUUUUCUCUGUGUACACUAAUAUGAUAGGCCUCUGUUUACAAAUGCCUCCGCGGAGUCUGGAGAGUGUUUUCAAAUACAUGUAUGUCUUUUCGAUCGUUUUAGUGUCGACGCAAGGCCAAACCGCAUCCAAAAGCUUCCAUCUUCGACUUCAUUUUAMUAUAUUUUUAUCGUGCAAUUAUUAUGUAAAUAGGACCUUUUUUUGAUAAUUUUUCCCGUGACGAAAAGUGUUAUCGUACGCGUUUUUAGGGGCGAAUUUUUUCAUAUUUAAUUUUUUACAUUUUUCUUUUUUCCAAUUUUAUUUACUGCACUUUUGCUAAGAUUUCAAAAAUAAUACGCCUUAAAUUCUUUAGUUCUUGAAUAGUUCUUGAACUUGUUCAAUAAAUUGUCAAUAUUUUAAAAACUAUAAAUGAAAAAUUUAUUUUAUAAAUUUACAAGAGAAAAAAAUAGGUACACUUGACAUCGAAAUAUCUAUUUUAUUCCUGCAAGCAACCAGUUGAACUUGAACAAAACCAGUUUAACUUGAUUAAAAUCAACGAAGAUUCGAUGACGUGCAAAUGUUACUUUGACGUCACAGUUUGUUUUGAGGUGGACACAAUGUUGAAGAAGAAUGAGAAUUUGAACUAAUUUUACUCUGCAAUCAAAUUGAUAGCUCUGAUAUUGUCUGGUUUUCAAACAUAAUAAACAAGUGCUUAUCCUAUAAUA